UCUAAAAGCAUAGCGAGUUUAUAGACUCUCUAGUAAUAUCGCUUCUAUAAACCUGCUUCCAGAACUCUUUCAUCGUCUGAACUCUUUAAACACGGUUCCUAAGAUCAAGGAAUCUUACAGUGAUUGACCUUCUUCUCGUGAUUUGGACGAGGGCGUAAACAAAAGUUGGCUAGUCGACUUUCUAUUGACCCAGACACACUUACCAGCCGAGUCAGAAUCCUUUCAGAUAUACAAUAUCUUUAAAAAAUUAAAAAUGGGUAAUAAAAAGUCAAAGAAAAGCAACCAGCAACAACCAGGACCUGCUCCAAAGCAAAGUGAACCUUCCGGAAGGAUUCCUAAGGACACAACAUAUAUUUUGCUUAUUCACAAGUCUACGGAAGAACAAGAGCGUGUCGUACGACAUUUUCGAGACGCUCUGACAAGUAAGGCUAGUGGGAAAGUACGCGUAAAAAAAAUCGUGAAUGUUUCCAGUCCAAGUUGUGAAAGGGACGUGAAAGAUUCCUCUUGGGUGGACGAAAAUGAGAGUGACAUUGUUGUUUUAUUGUGCUUGACAGCCGAGGCAAUUCCGACGUUGGAACGAAUAAUGAGAGAUAAAGGAUACGUGAGAAAUGAUUUGCAUCAAAAAGUUUUUUCCGUUUCCUUUGGAGCGAGCUUAGAAUGGCCACCGGCAGGAAUACAACGUGUUGCUCAAAAUGCUCGUGAUUUUGCUUUCAAUUUUGAAAACGUGGAUAAUCUUAAACCGAAAGAUUUUGAAAAAUCCGACACGAUGCUAGCUUUGCUUGCUGCAAUAAAAGGUACAUGAAUAUGAAUAAUUUGAACGAUCACCAUUCAAUUAGUAUAGACCAUUGGAUAAUUGUGAUGGCCGAACAUGCACGGUUAGGAUUCAAGUAGAAUUGCUAGAGGUCACUCAGAACACUGAAAGGUUCCUAUAGUUACAAUCUGCACUAGUAUUAAGACUGUUAAGAUUCGUCCAGGUGAUUCCUAUAUCUUACUUACCUGAUAAUGAUUAAACAGGUAGUUUACAGUGGGUUUUAGAAUAGUAAAUAUAUAGUUGUUGGUAAGAGGAUACUAAUUAUAUACUCUUAAAUAUAAUGUUAAGGCCCCUUCACACCAUGAGUGUUUCGGGUCCAAAAAAUCGGAUGGCGUAACUCCUAAAAAGGUUUGGAGACAAGAACAAAAUCUGCAAAAUAUAUGAAUAAGUAUACUGGAUAAAACAAAUAGCUGUUCCCCCCUUAUUCCGCCAAAAAAAAUUAUCGAACGGUCUGAAGAAGAAGCGACCAAAAGUUGGAUCCAAUCGGCAGGGCCUUUCACUACAUUUCUCGUUGAAAAGUAUUUAACUCCAAGGUACCGAAAAUUCUGACAAGCCUGAUUGCCGAAUUCUAGCUGUCACUACAUUACCUCUUUAUGAUCUUUAUGACUGACAGAUAUUACCCUAGUACAGACAGUUAACUUUCACAUUAUAACUGACUCUGAUAACGGAACUCGCUAAUCGGAUGGCUAGUUAAUGUAAUAUAAUUUUCUCGUCAGAAAAACAUUUAGAUCCGACAGCUAACGAUAAAUUUUUUCUAAAUCAGAGCUGAAAUAUACCACAAUUUAGAGGCCCUUUA